AUGAUGGUCACUCUUCUAAUACUGGAGAGCGCCCGGCGCCGAGACCAGAGACACCGGCGGAGCUGCCCUAGGCGGGCGCACCCACGCCUACGUUCGUCCGGGACGCCGCGCUCGCCGUCCAGCCGCGCUUCCCUCACACCUGCUGGCAUGCGUGUGGGCGCCCGCGCAGGGUCUGUAGGGGCCCGUGGGCGCGCGUGUGUGUGCGCUCGGCCCGGAGCGCGGCCGUCUGCUGAGGGUGUUUGUGUGCUCGCGCGUUGGGUGCUCGGCCCCGGGGAGCGACGGCGGGAGCCUGACUCCGCGCGCCCGGCCGGCUCAGGCGGGACUUGCGCCGCAGCCGCCACCGCCUCGCGUCCCCUGAGGGCCGCUGUCGUGCUGCGGAGAGCGCCGGGGCGGGCGGGCGGACGCCGCGGGGGCUGCGAGCGGCUGGUUGGCUGGGUUCUUAAAAUGAAGAAGUUUAAUUUCCGAAAAAAUUUGGAUGGCUUGACUGCCUCCUCACCGGGCAGUGGCAGCAGCAGUGGCAGUAACAGCGGUGGGACUGGUAGUGGUCCCUUGCAUCCAGGAGGGACAGCUGGAGUUCUGAGAGAGGAGAUUCAGGAAACCUUGACUUCAGAAUAUUUCCAGAUUUGUAAGCUACAAUCCUAUUGGUUGAUGCCAAUCACAUCCAAGGUGGAUCUGCUCCCCCCAGCUUGCUGUCCUUUACAUCAAACAUCCACGGACACUACAAAAACUGUUUUACAAAUCCCUAGAUGUUUAUUUUUAUAUUUUUAUUAGUACAUAGUUGCAGCACAUAAUGUUUACAUUUUUAUGUGGAGCUGAUAAUCCAUUCAAGUCCAUAUAUCAUGAUUAAUGAUCACAGUAACUUAAUAUGUAUUUAAAUUUAAAAUUAUUCUGAUAAUUUUAUUUGGUGUGUAACUAUCUUUCAAUAAUAUCAAUCUCAGUAAAAUAUCUUGAUAAAAUGAAGUAAAGGAGCCAUUUAGGAAAAAAAUUGAGUAGUUUUCUGAUAUAGUAAUAAUAUUUUUAUUUCACAUGUGAGACUGAGAUGGGCAUAAUGGUACAUUCCUCUAACACCAGCACUGAGGAGGCUGAGGCAAGAUAAUUGAAAUAAGCCACAGUGACACCACUGGACUAUGUAACAAGUUCUGGGCUAUAUACUCUGUUUCACAAAACAAAACAAAACAAAACAAAACUGAGACUUUGUCAUCAUUUGAUGAAUUAUAUCUGAAAGGCUGAGGUUAAAUGUAAUGUGCAAUAUAUCAUAAUAUUUCUAGAAAAUUGAAAUGACUGACAUAUAUCUUGAAGUAUUAUUUAUAGUAAAGAAGAAAUUUAUUUGUCUCUGUCUUUCUGUCUCUAUCUCUCUUGUGUGCACUCUCUACCCAAAUCACAUAUGCUACUAUUAUUUUAAUAGCUUAGUGUCUAAAAUAAAAAUCAUCCGAUCUUCUAAACUUUUCAAAGCGUGUAGUCUUGUAAGUAGCUAUAGGUCUUAUUUUAAAUUUGAACUAUACUCUUUUAGUUAAAAUUUUAAUAGUGAACAGUUAAAAAUAGCUUGCUGUAUCCAUGUCACUAAAUGUCCUUCAAAAUAUGAAAUAAAGUGAUAUUUGUUCUAUCUAAAUGACAUUUGCCAAGACCUGUGAAGAAACAUUUGCAUUACAUACCAAAAACUUUUUAUUAAGAAAAUAAUUUUAAAGAAAAAAGUUACUAUAGAAAUGUGUAUCAAUGAUAUUGUUGUUUGCUAUGUUAAAAAAAGAAACUGUCCUUCCCUAAUAUUUCUUCUUUUCAUUGGUUGGAAAUUCUCCUAUCUAUUGGAAUCACAUCUUGUCUUAGUAUCAAGCAUAAAGUAUCUUAUAGGAACACUUAUGUUUGGAAAGCCAUCAAUUUUAUAAAACACAUUUUAAACUUAGAGAAUGCAUCUAUUCCAAAUGGCAGGCAGAGGAUGUACAUCUGAGGAUGUACGAUAGGAUGAAGUCAUUUUUCAAAGAAAAGGUGAUCUAUAAAGUAGUAAUGGGUUGACCCAACAGAGAUCAAACCAGGAUGACUAUAGGAUGACUUGUAAGUUGGGAACGAUUUGGUGUAUGAAGUGAUCUUCAAAGUACGUUUGCAACUGAUGAAAUUAGAGUAUGAAGUCACAUGCAUGGUCCUCCUGCUUACCUGUGUCCUACCUGCCAUUUGAUCUUACUAAAACUGCAAUCUUGUUAAUUGCAAUGUCUUCUCAUAUCAAUAGGAGCUAUAAAUGCCUAUGCUUAUACUUUAAAUUUUAUUGUAAACAUAAAAAGAAAUAACUAAUUAAAAAUUAGAUGUUACUCAAA